GGAGGGCCCAGUUCUUGUCUCUACUUUCCCUCUCCCGCUCAAAGAUUCCCUCUCUUCCACCUUGCUUUCGUUUUUCCUCUGCAAAACCCUAAUUUAGCUUCGCUGAUAAACAGAAAAAGGCAAUUCCAAUUAUUGGUUCACCAUUGGGGGACCCGGGAACAUUCUCUUCGUUGUCGUCUUGAGGUUUCCAGAAGCUGUUCACCGUUUAUUUCUCCACCACUUCACUUCUGCUCUGCUUCAACAGAUACCAUUGCAAGUAUACAACGAUAUGGACGCUAAUGCGACUUUGGAGGAUAACGGUAACAUGCAGCUAACCGGAAGUGAUAAACAAGAUGAUAAUCUGGGUGAUGACUUCCUCGAGGAUUUUGACUCGUAUUGGCAAGACAUUAAUGACCGGUUGACCAUUUCAAGGAUGGUAAGUGACUCUGUCAUCAAAGGUAUGGUAAAUGCAGUUUCUCAGGAGGCGCAUGAGAAAAUCACUCAGAAAGAAUUGGAGGUGUCUGAAUUGAAGGAAAUAAUGCAUUCUUACCUCUUGGAUUCUGAGAAGACUAAGUUUAUGACGUCUCCAUUGAGGUUGUGUAAGCUAAAAAGUACAGAAUGUGACAGGAUUGACAGCAUCUGUGGUGCUUUCUUUGAGCACGAUGAAAUGAGAGAAUCGAUGUGCAGUCUAAGGAACACAGCUAAGGAAAACUUCAAGAAACUAAAGAAAGAAAUUGAUGGAAUAAGAGGUUGCAAUUCAAGUAGAAAGAUCAAUUCAGGCUCUGAGUUGGUUGGACUUGGAUUGAGUGGUAUACUACAAGAAAAAGCAUCUUGUAGAUAUAUUGAUGUUGGAAAAAUAGUUGAUGAUCUUCAAGAUAAUUUAGAUACUUUCUAUAAUCAGGUGGAAGAUAUAGUUCAAUUGUCAAAAGCAUCUUUUGGUCAGUGGCAAGUUGAGCAGGAGUACCUAGCAGAUAUUGAAGGCAUGGUGAUCAGAAAUUAUAUCUGGAGUAUCCAACAAGAGUUUGAGGAGAAAUUGUGGGACCAAAAUGCUAAAAUUUUGAGUAAUGAAAGAAAGAUAUCAGCUGAAAAGAUGAAAGAAAUCUCAAGUUUACGUCAAGAAUUAGAUAAAAUUUCAAAAUCACUAUGUCCUUCUGAAGUUGGACAUUUGAUUUCUUGUAGUUCCAUGGAUUCUGAUCAUUCUCACCGGAAGUUAUUAAGUAGUCAUAUGAAUCCGUCGACUUUGCAUUGGGAAGGAAAUGGCAAACAUGAAAUGUCCAAGACGAACCUUCCUGAGAAUGUGGAUCCUAGUCGUCUGAAUCAUAUGAAAAAAGAUGAAUUAAUUAAUCAUUUUAACACUGUGAUGACAAAAAUGAGUAGAAACCAUGAGUCCCAAGUACAUGAAAUUACCGAAGAAAAUUUCAUUCUCAAGAGAGUACUUCUGAAAGAAAGAGAGAAGUCAUCUUUGUUAAAGAAGGAUAAAGAGUUUGACAUACUAAGGAGAAAAAUCCCUGACAUUAUUCUAAAAUUAGAUGACCUUCUUUUGGAAAAUGAGAAGCUACGGUCGUCUAGUGCUAAUGAUGAGAGCCUAGGCACAAUGAGGAAUAGACUGGAGUCGCUUAUUUCAGAAAAUCACCACCUUAAGGACUUGCUUGGAGAAAAGAAAAAGGAGGUUAAGUGUUUGUCUUCUCAAGUUUCAAGCCAUGCUGAGAAAAUGUCUCAAUAUUCUCUUUUAGUUUCUGAGUCAUUGACUACGAUCGAAAAAAAUAAAUGUGAGAUGCAGGAUGCACAAUUUGAAGCCUCAAUUUGUCAGGAUAUAUUUAAAUGCUUUUUAAGGGACAUGAUGGACCAAGUCAGAUGUGCCACUGAGGAGUCAGCUUGGAGAUAUGAUAUCAUGCAGGGAGUUUAUGAAACUAUCUUUGAAGGAGCAUCUUUCGUUGGUGAGCUUGCUAGUACGUCGGAAAAUGAACAUUUGGAUGAGGAAUCCAUCACUAUGCAGGGUCUUCUAGGAGUGGUUUUACAAGAAUCCUUGAAAGAAGCUGAGGAGAAAAUGACUAGCUUGAACAACAGAUAUAUGGAAGAGAUGAGUACUCGACUGUCCCUAGAAAAGGAGAUGUUACAUUCUGGAGAGGCAUUAAGAGUAGAGGUUUCCGAAAAAGAGAUGUUAGAAGCAGAACUGAUAUCAUUUAGAGCAUCAUUAAAAGAAAAAGAACAGCUUGUGCAAGAAAUAACUUUUGUAUUAGAGAAAGAGAGAGAGAAGCUGGCUUUAGCUUAUGAAGAGGUUGGCUCAUUGAAGGAUCAGACCAAUAGGCAGGAAAUAAUGAUUUUGAAAAGUCAUGAAGAGCUCAAUAUUACAAAGCUUAAAUUGACAGAGGCCAUACAAAAAGUUGGAUUACUUGAGGUGGAAACAUGUGAAUCAAAACAGAACUUUGAGCAAGCAAUGGCAGAAUUUAGCAAGGUUGAUGAGGAGAGGAGGAUGCUUGCUGCCAUGGUGUCAGAGAAUAAGAAGACUAAGUUAUUGGUUGAGGAGAAAGAAAAGGAAUCUAGAAAGCAGAUGGAAUCAGUAAUUUUUGUUGUCCAGGAAUUAUUAAAAGAAGUUUUUGAUUUUGAACAUAGAGUGAUUGACUAUAUUUCAAGGAACAAUGGAAGGUUGGAAAGAUUGAGUUCUGAGACAAAGUCACUUAUCCAGAAAGCCUCUACGGUGAAAAGGGAAGGAUUGCUCUACAAGCAGAAGCUUGAGAAGAGGUGUUCUGACCUUCAAAAGGCUGAAGCUGAGGUCGAUCUUUUGGGGGAUGAGGUUGCUGCUCUUUUAAGACUUCUUGGAAAUAUGCACAUUGAGCUUGAUCGUUAUUCACCAAUAUUGAAACAUUAUCCUGGAAUUGUUAAGAUCAUGAAGCUUGUAAAAAGAGAAUUGAGUGGAGAUAUGACGGAAGCUUUUUGACAGAGGUAAAAGGCUGUGAGUUCCCUGCUGCAUGUUUUGCAAUGCAGGAUUUCUGGAAACACAUUAUUUCUAAGCUAUACAUCGCCUCCAGAAAGGGAGGAACAACUGUAAGUAGAUAGUUAACUAGCUGCGUGGAGGCAAAAAAACCCAUGCUCUCAAAACUUCAGUUACCAGUCCCAAUCUCAUCGGACGUUAACCUGAGAAAAUCUAUGGGCAGAAAUGGGAUUAACACAACAGCAAUAUAGAUUGGAGAACACGAUUUUUGUAGGUAUAAAAUAAGCCAAUCUUUUUGUCACGGGGCUUGUAGGCUCCUCCUUUUCAGUUUAACCCUUAGGGUUCUUUUUGUUAGAUGUUUAGUGUCUGUCAUAGUUCUCUUUUCUCUCUUUCCUUUGUUGUAAAGGUUCUUUCAUCCAGUAAAUCAAAUAAAAGAAUAGUCAAUACAUAGAACAUUCAUGUUCUUUUUUC